UUUGUUUCCCUCUCAAGGAGGAAGCCCCCCUUUCUGCUAUACCCUCUGCUCUUUCUCUCUCUCUCUCUCUCUCUCUCUCUCUGUCUUCUAGUAAAUACCAUUGUGUUCUCUCUCUCUCUCUCUCUCUCUCUCUCGUGUAAAACCCAUUUGUGUUUUUUUCUCUUACAGGGAAAACUCAUCUGCUCUGUUUCUCUGGUCUCUAUAUCUGCUGUAAAACCCACUGGUCUUAUCUGUACCCCGCAACGCUUGGGAGCCAUGCAUUGCCAAAUCUCCAACCCCAUAGGUCUGCAACUUCCCCCCUACUUCUUCUCCUUCUGCAACAUAACCCACCUGCAACCCAUAAACACGAGAACUUCCAUUGUUUCUUCUGCAAGUAUUUCUCAGGUCCACAACUAUGGAACAGUCGAUUUUGAGAGGAAGCCCCCAGUUCAAUGGAACCAUCUAUACAAGAGGAUAUCCCUUUCAGGCCUUGGUUCUGGUGAGGUUCUUGAAGAGUGGAUGAUGCAGGGUCGGAAGAUAUCUAAAUGGGAGCUUCGACGAAUCUCCAAAGAACUCAGAAAGUUUCGCCGCUUUUAUCUCGCUCUACAGGUUUACGAAUGGAUGAUUAGCAAAGGAGAAAAAUUUACACUCUCAUCUUCUGAUAUUGCAAUCCAGUUGGAUUUGGUUGCUAAAGUUCAUGGUAUGUCAAGUGCGGAGGAUAUUUUUGUCAAGCUCUCGGAUUUCCAAAAGAAUGAACGAACAUAUGGUGCAAUUCUCCAUGUGUACUCCCAGUCGAAAGAGAGAGAAAAGGCUGAGACCAUUUUCGAGAAAAUGAAGAAAGAGAGUCUCAUCACAAAUGCUCUCCCGUUCAAUGAGAUGAUGAAUCUCUACAUGAGCUUGGGAGAGUACAAUAAGGUGGAUUCGAUAGUCCAAGAGAUGAAAGAUAAUGCAACACCAUUCGAUAUAUACUCAUACCAUAUAUGGAUUUGCACAUGUGGUGCUAUGAUGGAUGUGGAAAAGAUGGAAAGAGUGCUCGAAGAGAUGACUCAAGACAAAAAUGUGAACCCCAAUUGGACAACUCACAGUACAUUGGCAACCUUGUACAUAAAGCUUGGCCUACUCGAGAAGGCAGAACACCACUUGAAAGAGGUGGAGCAAAAAUUAACAGGACGUGAUCGUCACCCAUAUAAUUUCCUAAUAAGUUUAUAUGGGAAAAUUGGUGACAAGGAAGGAAUAUAUAGAAUAUGGAAUUUGUAUAAAUCAAGCUUUCAGAGUAUCCCAAAUUCAAGCUACUACGCAUUGAUUUGUUCUUUGGUCAAGGUAGGAGACGUGGAAGGAGCCGAGGAGUUUUACAAAGAAUGGGAGGCUAUCAAGGUUAAGUAUGAUCCUAGAAUAACAAAUUUUCUGAUGGCUUCUUAUGUUAGAGGGGGGCUUUUGAAGAAGGCCGAGGAGUUAUUUGAACGUGCUAGCAGAAAUGGGGGAACAGCUAAUCCUAGCACAUGGGAAAUUUUGGCAGAAGGAUAUACUAGGGAUCGGGAAAUUGGCAAGGCUCUUCAUUGUUUGAAUGAAGCUGCCUCAGUGAAGAGGUUUAGGAGGUGGGCUCCAAAGCCUGUGAAUGUCGAGGCAGUUAUGAAGGUUUGUGAAGAGACUGGCGAUGUAGAAAAUGUAGAGCAAUUUGUUGAGCUAAUGAGGAGUUUGAAAUGUUUAAAUGCCGGAACAUACAAGUCAUUGGUCAAAACAUAUGCUAAAGCUGGUAAAAGUGUUAAUGAUGUCAUAUUAUCGAUGGAGAAGGAUGAGAUUGCUAUCGAUGAGGAAAUGGAGAUGCUUCUCAACGAGCUACGAGAGAGAGUAUGAUAAUUUUAUUACCGAUGUAUGAUGCCUAGAGGAAAAUACUACUAUGUAUUUAACCAGGGAUGGUACUGGUCGGGAUGGGCCGCUAGUUUGGUUUCAUAAAUUUAAGCGGAAUAGCUGGUUAAUUUGAGGUU